AUGGUUGCGGUUGCUGGAAAGAUUUUCCAGAAACUCAAUCAGGAGAAUGAAAAUGAUAUAUUCAACGUCAAGCGAAGCGAUAUCCAUAUGAUGUACACGCUGGUUCAAUGUGUUCCUUGUCAGCGAGCCAAGCACCUACUCGCGGUGAACUACGCGGACGUUGCAGCCUACUUCCUUGAGCUCGUUGGUCACGAAGAUUGGCAGCGACAACUGCAAGUCGACUUGCAUCGAAUGACAGGACAAAUAACCUUCCCUUAUAUUUUCAUCUGUGGACGACAUAUCGGAGGUGAGUUGCGACUAAUUACCUUCAUCGCUAAAGGUUCAUAA